UCCAGGACAACACACAGAGCUCUGUCUAUUGAAAGGGGACUUGGCAGAGUUCAGUGGUAGCAGAACAACUCCAAGCCGUACUAAGGGACGUGCUUGGAGUGGACAAAACAUGCUAAUUGUGUGUGAGAAGGAUCUAAAGCUAAACCCAAAAUGAAGAGAGAAAGAGAAGCUUUGUCCAGACUUCUCAGCACUCCGGGUUUCGUACAUAUCGUUUGCCUUUUUGUAAUCUACUAUGCAGAGCUGAUAGACGGAGUCAAUAUCACCAGUCCAGUAUUAUUCAUUCAUGGUACAGUUGGCAAGCCCGCCCUGCUCUCUGUGAAAUACACCAGCACAAGCCAUGACAAGCCUGUGAUCAAAUGGCAAGUGAAACGCCACAAGGCAGUGACGAUAGUCCAGUCCAUCGGCACAGGGAUCAUAGGGAACCUGCGCCCAGAGUAUAGAGAUCGGAUAAGAAUCUUCGAGAACGGCUCUCUACUGAUCAAUGAGUUGCAGUUAUCUGAUGAAGGGACCUACGAGGUGGAAAUUUCCAUCACAGAUGACACUUUUACAGGCGAAAUGAGCAUUAAUCUUACAGUGGACGUUCCGGUUUCAAGGCCCCACGUUGCCUUGGCCUCCUCAACUGUGCUGGAGCUGAGUGAAUAUUUCUCUCUCAACUGUUCCCAUGCGAAUGGCACUAAGCCCAUCUAUACAUGGAUGAAGGACAACAAGCCUCUUAUCAAUGACUCUCGGCUGAUCCUCUCCCAUGAUCAGAAAACCCUCACCAUCACUAGAGUCCUGAUGUCCGAUGACGACACUUACAGCUGUCUGGUAGAGAACCCUAUUAGCAAAGGACAAAGUGUUCCUGUAAAACUGACGGUGUACAGAAGGAGCUCUCUCUAUAUAAUCCUGUCCACCGGGGGAAUUUUCCUUCUGGGUACCUUAGUGACUGUCUGUGCCUGCUGGAAACCAUCCAAGAAGAACAAAAAGAAACUAGAGAAGCAAAGUUCCUCAGAAUAUCUGGACCAGAAUGAAGAACAUUUCAAACAUGAUGUUGAGGUCGUUCCUAGAAGCAGUGAACACGAACGCAAGAAUCCAGUGGCUUUGUAUAUCCUGCAGGACAAGCUUCCUGUAUUUUCCCGUUUCUCAAAGGACUCUCCUGAAGCUGAAGUGGAAUCCGUGCCUGACUCCAGAGAGGCUGUUCAACCUUCACCACCCAGUUACUCCAAUUCUCCACCUCCUCCUGCAAGAUCUCCUGGACUGCCUGUUUGGGCUGCCCGUAGACACCAUCGCUCCCCUGCCAGGUCUCCAGUCACUUCCAGAACACAGAGCUCCCCCACCAGGCCUCCCAGCUCACCUGGGCGGGCCCCACACCCCACUCGCUUGGUUCGGACUGCUGGGCCUCAUCUCAUCCGAGAGCAGCAGGGGGAGCCCAACACCAUGGAAAUCAAUGCUUAAAGACAGCUGGCAGAGUGUAUAUAUGAGUGUAUAUAUAGUUUCCAGAGGUAGCAGUAAGUCAAUUCUAAGCACUUCUGCACAUGCUAAUGGGUUUUGCCUAGUAAACGGAAGAAGUCUGGACCCUGCUUCUAGAUUAAGAGUGUUUCCACUGAUUGCUUGGACUUGCCUUAAGUAAUUACGCUUGGUUUAAUGCUCCAAGUUCUGCAUGUCUCAAAGGGCGCUAACUUGCUAUCUGUAACAUCCGUCAAGCAGCGUACAAUUAUUGCUUCAGCUUUUUUUUUUUAAUUUGCAAAAGUGAUGAGGACCAACUAGUUGCCAUAAAACCUGGUGAUUCCAUCCAAA